GAGAAGAAGGAAAAUGAAAUGAAAAAAAAAUUCAAGAUCACAGGAGAGGAAGAAGCACUGUAUCAAACUAAGGUGAGGGAGACAUGUAAAGGCCGCAAGGAUGACCUGGCAGUGAAAGCUGGAGAGACAGUCAGCAUUAUCCGCACCACGCACUGCCCUAAAGGAAAAUGGCUAGCCAGGGACAGCAACAACAAAUACGGGUAUAUCUUAGUGAAGAGUGUGGACCUGGAUAUUCAGGAGAUGAUGGAGCUGGGGAAGAGAGCUAAAACAUCCAGCACGCCCAACAGCAAUGGGUUCAUAGACCCUGAGGUCACCAGCGCAGGCAGCAGAUCCUCACACCCUUACGCCUUGCACCAAGAGAGCUUUACAGAUGACAGUGAGGAAUGGUGUGAUGAUGAUGAUGAUACAGUAUUUACUCCAACUGACAACAUAGAUCUACAACUGAAUCAGAGAGUGUCUUCUCUGGAUGUGGUGAGUCAAAAGCCAAAUCCAGCUCUGCAAGGACAGAUUGACACAAAUGAUAAAACAAGACAGGAAGCACUUCAGAAACUGGCUAGCUUCUUCGCUCAGCCUAAAACGCCUGAUCAUGCUACACUGAAAAGGAACACAAUAAUUGAAGAAGCAGAACCAGAGGAAUCAGUGAGCGAAGAUAAACAGGAUGUAGAUCUGCAGAUACUUCCUCCCCCGGACCUGUAUGCUGACAUCGUCGUCGGGGAGUCUUAGGUCAUUUGCUGCAAUUGAUCCACAGUGGAUGUUUUGUGAGGCUGCACCAAGAGUUUGCACCCAUCAGGACCAGCCAUAAAAAACUUUGUCAACAAAUUACUCAUGUAUGGUUUGCAGUGUCUGAAGGAACAUUGUGAAAAAACUCCACUGGAACUCUUGCCCCCAGCUGCUCUGAAAGAAUGUUGUGAGGUGUGUAGAAACAUGAUAUGUGGAUAUAUACCUGGUGUACACGUGGUUAAAGGCAGGACUCUGUUUUAUGUAAGAGCUUUGUGUGCUGAAGUAUAAAUUGCUGGUGGCAUGACGUUAUCACUUCCUUUUCUUCACCUGGGCGUUUUUACUUGUCGCAUUGUCCUGAGUGGAUUUCAUUUGGAUAUGGUUAUUCCAACUGGAGUAUAUUAUCCGUUCUUGUUUCUAAGACUUAUUAACCGGAACCAUUUUCAGUUGAUUUGCUUGGUUUAUUUUGUUAGUUACUUUGCGAACGGAAGACUCGAUUGAAGUAUUCCCAGCUUACAGUUCUUACAGAAGAUACUCACUGCUGGGGAAAGCUGGGUUGAUUAAGCAUUGAUAGUAUUACAACCAUUUUCAAAUCUCCUUUUAUGUGUUAUGUUAUUAAAUCCAUGUGGUGUUAUGUUAAAUAUCUGAAGUGCUUUAAUUGUCCCGUUUGAUUGAAUUGUGGAUUCCCAAAAGCACUGUUUUCCAGUAGAGGAUCCCUCCAGUGCACAAUUGGUGGACGAAUAGAUUUAGUAAUUAGCUGAUGAGUUCAAUCUAAAAAGUGCAUUUCAGAGGGACCCCAGGACUGGAAAGUGUUUAUGAAUGUUACCAAGAGUUGAGACUAUAAUUGUAAACUGUAAAAAUACAGUUAAUUAGCAUGUGUUAUGAUAUAAAUUGAUAUUAUUCUUUCUGAUAUGGUGGUUGCAGAAAUUGAAUAGUUUCCACUGUUCUAUUAAAAACACUCCAUGAUUUUUCUGGAAUAGCCAUGGAAGUAAGAAAAGAACUCCCUUGUGCUGCACUUGAAACCUUUUAAGCCAAAUUUAUUUGUCUUCUAAGAAAAUGUCUUAAUGCCAUCCCCACAUGCUGCAGUCAUGUUUUGGCAACUGGAAUUUGAACAAGAAUGGAGUCAUAUGCAAAGGUUUGCACACUCCUUGUCCAAUUACAUGUUUUGUUGACGUUCUAAGAGAAAGUAGGUUAACACAGUCAGUGCACAAUUACUGUGUGUGUGUGUGUGUGUGUGUGUAUAAACAAGACAAGUCAUUUGACAAGGGGUGCUUGAACUUUUGCAUACCACUAUCUAAGCAAAAUUACUUUCUUUUUUAUUUUCUAAAAUGUAUUAUUGUGCAAAAACCACAAUAUAUAUUACAUAGUGAAAUGUGUUGAUCAUUAGAACCCUAAAUUCAUGAGUUCUUUGAUAUAUUACAGUCCUACUGGUGCCUUUUUACCAUAAUAUUGUAAGAGUCUCAAAAAAUGGCUCUGAAACUACAGGCUACUAUAGCUGUGUGAAUAAUGCAAACUAGAUUCGUUUAUUUGUAUUUUUGUCAGUACUUAUAAAACAUUUUUAAGAAUAUAAAAUAGAAAAAAGGAUUGAUGUAUUGAUAUGAAUUUACCUUUUUUCUCCUCUAGUUGUGAUGACUUGUAAUAGCAUAGCAUGACCAUAUUUAUAUACUGAUAAUAACACAACACAAUAUGCAUAUACUUUCUCUAUUUACUUCUCUUUUGUACAAUAAAUAAUAAAGUGCAAAUCAGAACAAGAACACCAUGCAGUGCAUAAU